GACUUAUAAAGUCUGCCCGCCGCUAUUGGACACCCACACACAAAACAACACGAAAAGAUGACGCUGCCUGAGUUUUUUGGCUGCACUCUGCUGGCAUUUGGACCACCGUUCUCGCUAUUCGUCUUCACCAUCGCCAAUGAUCCUGUGCGCAUCAUCAUCCUGAUAGCAGCCGCCUUCUUCUGGCUGCUCUCACUGCUGCUCUCCUCCCUGCUUUGGUUCGCCGUCGUACCUCUCCAAGAUGUGCUGGCAUUUGGCGUUGUGUUCUCGGUGCUGUUCCAGGAAUGCUUUCGCUACAUCAUCUAUCGCAUACUGCGCAGCACCGAACAGGGAUUGCACGCCGUGGCCGAGGACACGCGCGUCACUGAAAACAAGCACAUCCUGGCUUACGUUUCAGGUCUGGGAUUCGGCAUCAUUUCCGGCAUGUUUGCAUUGGUCAAUGUGCUAGCUGACAUGGCUGGACCAGGCACAAUGGGCUUGAAGGGCGGCACAGAGCUCUUCUUUAUCACUUCGGCCGCUCAAGCGCUGGCCAUCAUCUUGCUGCACACGUUCUGGAGCAUCAUCUUCUUCAAUGCCUUCGACACGAACAACUACUUACACAUUGCGUACGUGAUGGGCUCACAUCUCUUUGUCUCGCUUCUGACGCUGCUCAAUGCGGAUGCACAUUAUUGGGCCACCUUGCUGCCCAGCUAUAUUGUGACAGUGCUCACCGGAGUGUUGGCUUUCAAGGUGGCUGGAGGAAGUGCCAGAAGUGCGAAGCGGUUUAUAAUGUGUCAAUGAUCUGAUGACUCGUAGCAAUAACCUCGAAAGUAUUAGGCUUAAGUCGGAAUCCAACUGGAGGCGCAAAAAGGCUUUUAACUUAAAAUAUAAGUAAGUCGAUAGGGAUCGACUGUCAAAUACCCGCUACUCAUUUCAACACGAUUUUAUGUGAUAAGAACAUUUGUAUUGAUUGUUCUUUGUGUAAAUUUGAUAUUAUUACCCAUUUUUAAAGCAAUUCUUAACCGCUCAAAGAAAUUUCUUGAAUAUCUUU